AUGAAACCGACGAGCUACCGCGAGCUCGCUGCCAUCGAGGAGCUCACGGACGAGCAGAUGGACUGGUUCAGUCACUCGCAUGCAAAGGCGCUUUGCAUCGAAGCGGUCCGCAAGGCUCGCUCCAAGUCGAGGGAGACCGACAAGGCGGCGAUGGCUCCGCCGAAGAAGGUCGCGUCGAACGCUUCCAGUUCAACCUCGCGCGGUCCUGCUGGCGCCGGCGCUGGCAAGACAAAUGACUCUCGCUCGACCGCCUCGACUUCGGCGAAACCAUCCGCCUCGACGUCUCGCACGAACAGCAAGCCCGCGAAGCCGCUCAAUCUCUCGGCGUUCGCGUACAGCGGCGGAACACCCGGCGGCGGCGCGAAGAAGACGGGCGGCGCAGCGGGCGGGAGGAGCGGAGGAGGGAGCAGCGGGAAAGGCGGCGGUGGGAGCGGCGCUAUCAAGGCGAUGCCGAUCGUCAAGCGGUAG